AUGCAAGCUACGUUGGUGUAUACUUUUGCAUAUGGCUCUACAAUUCUGCUCUUGCUUUGUUGGAGAUUGUCUCAAUUCUUGACUAUACGAGUGCGUCAGCGCAUCAUUUCUAUCUUCUUGAAGUGGUUCGUGUACACCGUUGUAUCUCCAAGACUCAACGGGAGCUCCGACAUUACUGUCUUGUCAGCGUUACUGAUUAUCAUUAUCUUGACAGGCAACAUUUUUGCUUCCACCCUUGCUCUAGAGGAUCAAAAUGAUCUUGCGUCGCGUUUAGCACGAUUGAGUUCAAUCAAUAUGGUGUUUCUGUACCUAGGUGGAAGAACAAACAUCAUUGUCGACAAAGUUUUCCGCCUCUCAUACACCGAGUACUGGCUACUACACCGGUGGUUAGGCCGCAUAGCUGCAGCGGAGGGUAUUGUUCAUGCAGCUGUGAAGCUUGCAAACCAUCGGUCAACACCAGCCGCCUUAAACCUCUCUCUUCUUGCUCUCUUAAGUUCGAUCGCGUUGCUAUCUGUCAUCUUUAUCCGCCGCAAGGUUUACGAGCUAUUUCUUCAGACGCAUCAUCUCUUUUCUGUUGCCAUUUUAAUAUUAGUGUGGCUGCAUGUCCGCCAACUCAAUACUUUCCUGCUGUCGUGUUUUACAAUAGCUGCUAGUUUGUUGCUUGUACAGAACAUACUUUGGGUCAUCUUUACGUUCCAAGGAAACUAUGGACGUUCUAUACGACACAUGUCGGUCACCCGCUUCCCGAGAUCCGGCCUGCAUAAGCCAGUUAUCCAAGUCCGGCUUGAUAUCAAGAAACCUUGGCCAGUCAAGCCAGGAAAAUACAUCUAUCUGACUCUUCCGAGGCUUCGCAGCCUGGGGUUAGGAAUAGUCGAGUCCCAUCCCUUCAUGAUUGCAUGGGCUGUCGAAAACGAGCAAAUUAGAUCAAGAUCAAUUGUUCUGCUGGUGCAAGUACGAGGAGGGUUUACACAAAAACUGCAGUUCGCAAAUCCUUUAAGUCCGGUCAUCAUCGGUGGACCAUACGGGGGCAAUGAGGCAGACGCAAUGGCAAACUAUGACAAAAUUCUUCUCAUGUCAAGUGGGAUCGGGGUAGCUUCACAUCUGGAUACCGCGCGAUAUUUACUACUUGCUCAUGACAGACAGACAGCGCGAGUCAGAAGAUUAACUAUGGUCUGGUUAUUAGAAACCCAAGAUGAUUUUCAGUGGGCGGAAGAACUCCUAUGCCAGCUUCACGACAUGGAUAAGCGGAAAAUUCUUAACAUACACACCUAUUAUCCUGACGAGACCGACCGGCCUACUGGAGGGCUGAAAUCCCAGAGUGAGGCUCCUAGAGAGAGAAUUUUCCCCACACCAGCCCCAGUAGACUCACAGUGGGUACUCCAGAAGGAAUGGAGAGGAGAGGCUGGUAACAUGCUGGUGUUAGGUGAGCUCAGCCCCCCACGAGGCAAAACUAUUGCUAAUAAGUCUGGUAGCCUGCGGCACUCCGCAUUUUGA